AGGAGGAGGAGGGAUAGAGGAGGAGGAGGAGGGAUAGAGGAGGAGGAGGAGGGAUAGAGGAGGAGGAGGGAUAGAGAGGAGGAGGAGGAGGGAUAGAGGAGGAGGAGCGGGAGGAGGAGGGAUAGAGGAGGAGGAGGGAUGGAGGAGGAGGAGGGAUGGAGGAGGAGGAGCGGGAGGAGGAGGAGGAGGAGGAGGGAUGGAGGAGGAGGAGGGAUGGAGGAGGAGGAGCGGGAGGAGGAGGAGCAGGAGGAGGGAUGGAGGAGGAGCAGGAGCAGGAAGAGGAGGGGUGGAGGCGGAGGAAGAGGAGGAAGGCUGCGGCUCCACUACUCACUGUAUCCGGGUCACAGCAGGAGCCGCCUGCGCGGGGACCACCGAGCGCCCCCGCAGCCCCCCGCCCCCGGGAGCAUCGCAGCUGACGAGAUGGCGGAUGGGAAGGAAAACGGUCUGGAGGAACCAGAAGGGUCUCAGCUGUGUUGGGAUCUGUGUGAGGUGGACGCCCCUCAAGAGCCAAACCCAACGGCACAGUGCGAGUAUGAGAGUGAACCGCUACAACCCUCUGAAGGACCAAGCAACGACUCCCGUGGACGCCCGUCACCAAGAAAGGGUGGACGGCUGCAAGCCCGCCAUGGGGGCCGUGCAACGAAGAGCGCCUACAGCCGCGGCACGAAGAGGAAGACCGUUGCUGGGGAGGCAGAAGGCGCCAUGCACAAGGCCCUCCAUAGCUGUCCCGACUGCGGGAAGAUCUUCAGUCGGAGGUCCUUCCUCAUCCCCCACCAGCGCAUCCACACCGGUGAAAAGCCCUUCACCUGCCACGAGUGCGGGAAGGGGUUUCCGAGUUGGGUCAGCUCUCAACAAGCAUCAACGGAUCCACACGGGUGAGAAACCCUACAAGUGCCCGGACUGCGGGAAGCGUUUCCGCCUUACUUCCACCCUCAGCACCCAUCGGAAGACCCACACCCGGGAUAAAUCCUACGUCUGCCUCGUUUGCGGGAAGACCUUUCGGUUGAGCGCGUAUCUGCUGGCCCACGAAGCCACCCAUAGCGUGGACAACCCUUUUCGGUGUCUUGCGUGCGGGAAGAACUUCAGCUUGGGCGGGUACCUGGUCAUUCAUCAGCGGAUCCAUACGGGGGAGAAGCCGUUCAAGUGCUCGGUGUGCGGGAAGGGUUUCAGCCGGAGAUCGAUCCUCAUCGUUCACCAGCGGGUCCAUACUGGGGAGAAACCCUACAAGUGCCCCGAAUGCGGGAAGAGCUUCAUCAUGAGUUCAGACCUUGCCGGCCAUCAGAGAAUCCACACCGGGGAGAAACCCUACAACUGUCUCAGCUGCAAUAAAAGCUUUCGGUUGAGCUCCCACCUUACGAGACACCAGCGAAGCCAUACCGGGGAGAAACCCUACAAAUGUAUGGAUUGUGGGCAAAGCUACACGGACAGUUCUGGACUCAUCAAACACAGGAAGAUCCACGUGAAGAAGAAGCAGAGGACGUCUCAGGGAGCCCACCCAGGGGAGGGACGUUAUAAAUGCCCUUACUGUAGUAAGAGCUUCCGUGCAAAGUCAGCUCUGGUCCUCCACCGCGCCACCCACACCGGGGAGCGACCCUAUAGAUGCUCCAAGUGCGAGAAGGCCUUCAGCCACAGCGGGACCCUACUGAAACACCAACGAAUCCAUACGGGAGAGAAACCCUUCAAGUGCCCCAACUGUGAGAAGUGCUUCAAUGACAGCUCAACCCUUAGGAGACACCGGAGAAGCCACACCGAGGAGAAACCUUUUCAGUGCCCCAGUUGCGGGGAGUGUUUUGGUGCCAUCGCGGCUCUCCUGAAGCACCAGCGGUUCCACACCGAGGGGAGACCUUACAGGUGCUCCGACUGCGGGAAGAGUUUCCACUCUAAUUUUCUCCUCGUCACCCACCAACGAACCCACACGGGAGAAAAACCCUAUACCUGCCCCAUCUGCAAGAAAACCUUCCGCCAAGCCUCCCACCGCACCAGGCACCAGGAGAUUCACAGGAGGACCGCGGCUGGCGAAAGACCGACCAUCUGCGAGGAAUGCGGUCGGAGCUUCAGCCGUAGCUCGAACCUGGCGGUGCACCAGCGGUUGCACGCCGGUGAGAAGCCCUACAAGUGCUUGGAGUGCGGGAAGAGCUUCAGCCGUAGCUCCCAUCUCAUCACCCAUCAACGUCUGCACACCGGGGAGAAACCCUACAAGUGUCCCGACUGCGGGAAGAGCUUCAGUGACAGCUCCACGCUCAUCACCCACCAACGCUUACACACCGGCGAGAAGCCCUACAAAUGCCCCGAUUGCGGGAAGGGCUUCAACCAGAGCUCCAACCUCACGUCCCAUCAACGCACCCACACGGGGGAAAGACCCUACAAGUGUCCCGAGUGUGGGAAGAGCUUCAGCGUCAGCUCCUACCUGAUCCGCCACCAGAAGAUCCACACCGGGGAGAGACCCUAUAAGUGCGAGGAGUGCGAGAAGACGUUCAGCCAGAGCUCCAGCCUCAUCAUCCAUCAGCGUGUCCACACUGGGGAGAAGCCCUACCGGUGCGUCGACUGCGGGAAGUGGUUUAGGAACAGUUCGGAUCUCAUCAGGCAUCAACGGACGCAUACGGGUGAAAGACCCUACCGCUGCCCCGACUGCGGGAAGAGCUUCAACCGCAGCUCCAACCUGAUGACCCACCAACGCAUCCAUACCGGGGAGAAGCCCUACGAGUGUCCUGAGUGCGGUAGGAGCUUCACCGUGAGUUCUGCCUUGAUUAAACACCAAAGGACCCACCGGGAAGGGAAGCCCUAUGAGUGCCCCGACUGCGGGAAGAGCUUUAUCCGCUGUUCGAACUUCAUUACCCAUCGGAGGACCCACGUUGGGUAGAGACCUGGUGACCCACGUUGGGUAGGAACGUGGGUGGUGGUCCCCGCAUCCUCCUGGCUCCCCAUAGGGACCUGAAUGAAUGCAGGUAGGACUACCCACUUGCUGCGGUGGGCUCAGACCAAUGGCAGAAGUUCAUUAAGAAGAGUGGACUCGUUGGCUUUAGACUCUGAAAAAUCACAUCUUCUUGGUCCAAUAAUUUCUUCUGGUGGCAUCAAGCAACACAGGCUUCUUCCACAGCCAAAUGGUGGGUGGAUUUGGGCACAGACCAAGAUUUGGAAGACACCGCUCGGGACUCAGCUUUUCAGGAAGGAAGAAAUGGGGUGGAAACGGUCCCACAACCCUGUUGGGACACACCAGGCUGAGCUGUUCCUCAUUUACAGGGUUUUUGGGAUAGUUUUUUUUUUUUACCACGUGAUGGUAUUGGGUGGUGUCAUGCAACCUCUGUCCUGCCCAUCUACGGCUCAUCUUUGGGUGAAUAAACUCUUGAGUUGUCCAAAGGGCUUCAGAAGAGGCUCCUGCAACAUCUUAGGGAGGGAGAUGGGCACAGCCCACCUCCACGUCCUGCUCUUGCUCCCUUCGUGCUGCCAAAAAUAAACAAGAACUCAGCAGCAAUAAACUUUUCCUCCACUCACCUCCUUGCUAUGGACUCGUUGAACCCAAAACACCUCGUUUUCAUCCAGGGAUGGGGCUUGGCCGUCUCUAGGGUUGAGUUUUCCCAAUGGUGCUGCAAGGACGGGAGUGGUGGGACAAUUCUGUGGAUGGGUGGAGGGCAAGGACACGCGGUGGCCGUGUUUCGGAAGGAUGUUGCAACCCUAUGACGUAACCACGGGUGCCAAAUAAACCCGAUCCAUGGUUUGGUUUGAACCCUCACCCUUGUCCAAGGGAAAUAGAGAGGGAUGGAGAGCCCAGGGUCUCCACCCCAGCCCCACCACCCCUGUGGCCGCUUCCUGGGGUGGGGAGGGGGUGUCUCACACCCUCUGGGUAAAGAAAAUGCUCCCAGACCCCACAAAA